AAUCCGCCGACAAGUGUGAGCGCUUCGUCGAGUUAUCCAGAGAAUCACGCUGGGCAGCUAUCAGGGAGUUUGCUGUGUGUAGAACCUGUCUGCGGAUUCACAAGGGAAACUGCAACGCCAAACCGUGCGGUAAAAAUGGAUGUACCUACCGGCAUCACGAGCUGCUGCACAACGAUUCGAAGGAAAAGCCUCAGAAUACCGUCGCCACAGUUGCAGCCGGAAACGAAAGCAAGCCAUCUGCUCCACCCUGCCCAAAUACAUCUGGAUGCAAUACUCACCAAACAGCCGCCAGCUCUGCGCUGUUUCGCUACCUCCCUGUCGUAUUGUACGGCAAAACGACCGUAGUUCACACGUACGCCUUCUUGGACGAGGGCAGUCCGAGCUUACCCUGCUUGAUCAAGAGCUGGCUGAUCUGCUAGAGCUGGAUGGUGCCGAACAACCGCUAUGCCUGCGUUGGACGGGAGGAACGGAACGCUGUGAACCGGAUUCCCGAGCAUACAAUCUCCAAAUCGCUGGAGCUAAGGAGAGAAGCAAGCGGUUCGAUAUCAACGACGUACGAACGGUGAAGGAACUUAAGCUACCAUCGCAAACAUUGGAUAUGACCAAAUUUUCCCAGGAGUAUUCACACCUCCGAGAUCUGCCGAUCGACUCCUACCGAGAUGUACGACCACGCAUACUGAUCGGAACCAAGCACGCCCACCUUGGCCUUGUCUUAAAAAGUCGAGAGGGAGAGUUCGGGCAGCCGAUAGCAGUUAAGUCACGGUUGGGUUGGACCAUCUGUGGAGGACAAGGCAGUGAUCGUGGAACAAAUCUGCACCACUACAGCUUUCACAUCUGUCCGUGUAACACUGAAGCAGACAAGGAUCUACACCAAGCGAUGAAGGACUACUUUUCCCUCGACAGCCUAGGAGUCAUCAAACCGGACAAAUUGCUGUUAUCUGCCGAAGAUGAACGGGCUCUCACGCUGCUACAGUCGCUAACGCACCGCCGGGAGGGACGAUACGAAUCCGGCCUACUCUGGCGAUAUGACGAUACCCGUCUACCGGAUAGUCGAUCCAUGGCGCUGCAACGGUUCCAAUGCCUGAAGAAGCGGAUGCAUAGAGAGUCAGAGCUGCAAACAACCUUGCAGGAAAAAAUCGACGAGUACUUAGCCAAAGGCUACAUCAGGCUGCUCAACGAUGAGGAAGUUAACCAGAAAGUACUGUGCCGAUGGUAUUUACCGGGUUUCCCCGUGACCAAUCCGAACAAACCCGGAAAGGUGCGGAUAGUGUGGGAUGCCGCGGCAUGCGCCUACGGCACAUCGCUCAACUCGGCUCUUCUCAAAGGACCAGACCUACUUUGCUCUCUCCUCACAAUUCUGCUCCAGUUCCGAGAACGUCGCAUCGCGCUUACUGGCGAUAUACGUGAAAUGUUUCACCAGGUGUUGAUCCGUACCGAAGACCAAUUCAGCCAGUGCUUCUACUGGAUGAACGAACGUGGACAAACCGAAGUGUAUGCCAUGCAGGUUAUGACCUUCGGAGCAUGCUGCUCCCCAACUACUGCACAGUUCGUGAAGAACGCAAAUGCCGACCGUUUCGCAUGCGACUAUCCAACAGCACAUCAAGCCAUCACGAAGUCCCACUACGUCGACGAUAUGCUGGUCAGCGUGGACACCGAAGAGCAGGCCAUCCAGCUGGCUAAGGAUGUAAGGCACGUCCACCAGCAAGGCGGGUUCGAGAUUCGGAACUGGAUCAGUAACUCAAGUAUGGUGCUGGCGGCGCUGCAAGGAGUAGAUACCGACGAGAAAUGCCUCGACCUGUCUUCCGAAUUGACCACAGAGAAAGUUUUAGGCAUGUGGUGGAACACGACCGAUGACGUCUUCACCUACAAAGUGGGAUGGAACCGAUACGAUCCGGCUUUGUUAGGAGGUGAACGCAGGCCAACGAAACGGGAAGUUCUUCGCGUCUUGAUGACCAUCUUCGACCCGCUUGGUCUAAUUUCCCACUUCCUGUCGUAUCUAAAGAUUCUGCUACAGCAAAUCCGGCGAUCCGGCGUACAGUGGGAUGACGAAAUCGAAGACGACGCCUACGAUAAAUGGCUUACUUGGUUAAAGGUGCUUCCACGCGUCGAACAUGUGAAGAUUUCCCGGUGCUACAACUCCGAGUACCUUACAAACGAAGCCGACGAAGUUCAGCUGCACACGAUGGUGGAUGCUAGCGAGAACGGCAUGGCCGCCGUUUGCUACCUCCGUUUUGCCCACAAGGGAUCCGCAUCCUGCUCCAUAGUUGCAGCCAAAUGUCGAGUUGCUCCGCUCAAGUUCACGUCAAUACCACGACUGGAGCUCGAAGCCGCUGUAAUUGGCGCCCGACUAUCGCAUACCGUCCAAAAGGCGCUAAGCUUCAAGAUCCAUCGGAAGCUGUACUGGUCGGAUUCCAGAGACGUCCUCUGCUGGAUCAACUCAGACCACCGGCGUUACAGCCAGUACGUGGGCCACAGGAUUAGCGAAAUAUUAGAAACAUCCGAAAUGAACGAAUGGCGAUGGGUGCCGGGCAAGCAAAACCCUGCCGACGACGCCACCAAGUGGAAUACUUUACCAGAAUUGACGCCUAAAGACAGGUGGUUUAACGGUGCGGAUUUUCUCUGGCGCCCUGAAAAGGACUGGCCGAAUCCGCCCAACUGCAAGGAUUCGACCGAUAACGAGUUACGUCCGUCGCUGCUAGCACACCACGCUUCUUCGGAACCAGUACUCCGCCUCGACGACUUUUCGUCAUGGGAGAGACUACGACGAGUAGUCGCAUACGUCCACCGAUUCGCCGAUAACUGUCGUAACAGGGGUCGAGGAAUGCCGACGGCUACAGGACCACUUACGGCGAAGCAGCUGCAGACGGCUGAGCACUCCCUGAUUCGACUUUGUCAACGGGAAUCCUACGCCGACGAGAUAGCGACGCUGCAAAAUCCACAGCAACAUCCAGAGAAAACAACGAGUGUAGCAAAAUCCAGCUCGCUAUACCAGCUGACACCUUGGCUGGACGAUAACGGAAUUAUGCGCAUGCGAACCCGCAUAGCUGCAUGUCAUUACGCCACUGAUGACUCCAAGAAACCAAUAAUCCUUCCCCAAAAACACCAAACCACCCGCCUGAUCGUAGCACAUUACCACCGUAAAUACCAUCACCACAACCACGAGACGGUGAUAAAUGAAAUUCGGCAAAAAUUUCGCAUUCCCCGCUUGCGUGCGUGCUAUCAACAAGUGCGCAGAAAUUGCCAGCAAUGCAAAAACCAGAACGCAGCUCCAAAUCCACCAUUCAUGGCCGAUCUUCCACCCGCCCGCCUUGCAGCGUUCUCACAACCGUUCACGCACGUCGGGGUAGACUACUUCGGUCCAAUGGAGGUAACCGUUGGCAGAAGAGUGGAGAAGCGGUGGGUAAUGCUCGCCACUUGUUUGACAAUCCGAGCGAUCCACUUGGAAGUCGUGCACUCCCUCAACACGAGUUCCUGCAUCAUGGCCCUUCGCAACUUCAUAGCACGUCGCGGCAUACCCCAUAAGGUUUACAGCGACCGUGGAACAAACUUUGUUGGUGCAGAUCGCGAACUACGAAGACUAAACGAAGAAAUCACCCAGGACGAGUUCAUGAAAGAGCUAGGCUGUUCUGGACUCGAAUGGAUCUUCAACCCGCCUCUUGCCCCGCACAUGGGUGGUAGUUGGGAGCGUUUGAUUCGCACCGUAAAGAACAACCUGAUGAUGGUGUGCUCGACGAAAAGACCCUCCGACGAAAUUCUCCGAAAUGUGCUGACCGAAGUUGAGAAUAUUGUAAACUCAAGACCUUUAUCCCAUGUUCCGAUAGAUGACGAUUCGGCUCCAGCACUAACACCGAACCAUUUUUUGCUUGGCUCGUCCAGUGGGUUGAAACCAUUAAGCAACCUCGAUGACAGCGGUGCAGCCCUAAAGCAGAACUGGCUAACGUCCCAAAUUUUGGCAAAUCAGUACUGGAAACGUUGGGUAUCAGAUUACCUUCCAGAGAUCACCCGCAGGUCCAAGUGGUUUCAACAGGUGAAACCAAUUACUGUCGGUGAUAUAGUGGUCAUUGCUGACCCCACAUUACCGCGGAACUGUUGGCCGAAAGGAAAAAUCAUCGGUACCAGAGUCAGCCAGGAUGGACAAGUCCGGUCCGCGACGGUGAGGACGACUAAUGGAGUUUACGAUCGCCCAGUGACAAAGUUGGCGGUUUUGGAUGUUCAGCGCGUCGAGCAGUAAGCCAACCGGAUGUUGUCGUACCCUGGGGGAGUGUUGGCCUACCCCAUUAGACCAACGCGCGCAUCUAUAUUCUUAGUCUCUACCGCAUCCGCACACAUGCGUACGAUUCAACUGUAUUAACGAUAGUGACAGGUAUUCAACCUGUCACCGGGUGAGUAGGACAGCGAAGAGACAAAAAUAGCGAUUUAGAUAGCUAACUUCUGCGUGGUAUGAUUGCUAUUCCGAGUCCUAUCUACACAAAGUUAAAUAGUUUAUUUGGUUACACCUAAUCCUAGUGAAUUGAUAAUUAAUCUAAUAUUAAGUUACACAUACUGAAGUGGUAAGAAUAUUUUCAUCUAAAGUGUAAACAUCCAUACUAAUUUGUGCUCAUCAACUUCGCACGCUAGGUGAACCUGAACUACGUAUUACCAUUGUUAAAAAUCUUAUACAUACUCCAAGCCACAAAUAACCCUUCAACUCGGUAAGGUAUAGAUUAUAAGAAUUCCUCGAAACCGCAUCAAUCAUUAUGUAUAAUGUUAUUUAGGACCAACUACAAAACACCUGAAAGCUCGAAACCGACGUGAAAACGCAAAGGGAACUAAAUGUAAGUAGUAUCCAUCCCACAUUAUGCAAAGUCAUGAGUCAGAACUUUAACGUAUGCUAGACAGGGGUUCGUCUAACCGCUCUUGCGAAGCAUAUAAUACAAGAUUUGUACCCUUCGAAUUCAUUAAAUAGUUUUAAGUAAAUUUCAAUGUUCUUUACCAGGAAAAUUAUAUUCUCACGCUGUCGACACAACAACCGGAUCCUACGUUUUAUUUCUAUUCCGGUAGAGAAUAAUAAUUUUGGAAAUUCUCCCUAACCCGUUGGAAUAAAUCCAACACCUGCCAUUGCAUGAAUAUGUAUAUUGUGAGGCAAGUACAAUGAUACAUUAUGCCCAGGGAGUCGAGAAAAUUUUCCCGACUGGAACGGGAAUCGAACCCGCCGUCUCCGGAUUGGCGAUCCAUAGCCUUAACCACUAGGCUAACUGGAGACCCAGGAGGAUAGCCAAAAGGAAUUUUGAGAAAAGUGAAAAACAACCGC